CUCUUUGUUAAUACUUAACUUUCAUUAUCAAAAGUCAAUCAUGGUCAAUAGCACAAAUGUUUCAACAAAAGAAUUGUUGUACACAUGCAUUCUCAAGAGAUGCAGCAGGCUUUGACAAAAACUAAAACUUUUGGAGGACUCAAUUAGGGUCAUGAAAUAGGUUAUUUCCAUUAUUAGAUUCAUUUCAUACUAAAUCAAGAUGCCUAAGAAAAAAGGAGGAAAGAAGUCUGGUGGAAAGCUGUCUAAAAUGACAGAAGAGGAAAGAUUGGCGUAUGAAGAACAGAAAAGACUUCAAGAAGAGGAAAUGAAAAAGAAGAAAGAAGACAUGUUAACACAGUUCUUAAAGGACAAACUAUCAAAAGAAGAACGAGCAACCAAAUACAAUUUAAACAAACUGAAUCAUCAAUGGAGAAACAUAAUGAGAGAGGCUAAAUCUAAAGAACUACGCAAAGAAAUUGAAAUUCUCAGUCAGACAUUUGAAAGAAUCGUAGACAGGAAAGAUGCCACGAUUAAAUCUCUCGCCAAAGAUUUACAGGAAGCAGAGGAACAAUAUGCUAUGGCUCUCCGUAGUCAUUUACAGGCUGUUGAUAGUUUAUUUGACAUACAAGAAGAAAGGUUAAACAAAUUACAGAUAUAUUAUGAAGAUGAGUUAGCCCUUAUCCGGGAAGAAUUUGACACGGAAAGAGCACUUAUGAUAGAACAGCAUGGGGUUGAAAUGAAUGAUAUAGCUGACAUUUUGUUUGCUAUGGAUCAAAACUUCCAAGAUCGUGAAAAUGAGGCGCGAGCUGAAUUUGAAAGUUUUUGUGAUGAAAUUAAAAACAAGGAUACUGAGGAGAAACAUGGGUUAAAGGUCCUCCUGUUUGAAAAACAAAAAGAAUUAAUGAGACAGUUUGAGCAGGCUUUGGAUGCCUAUCUAAAUUCUACAAAAAGUAGGAAGAAUGAAUUUGAGGAAUAUAAACGCAAAGAUGAUCAUGCUGCACAGGAAAUAGAUUCACAGAUGAGAAGAAUUAAUAAGUUAUCGGACAAUAUUUCACAAUUGAAAAAUAAAAUGAUGGCCAAUGCAAAAGAAUGUGAAGAAAGAAAUAAACAACUGAAAGAGGAAAGAGAAAAGAUGUUAGCCCACUUUCAAGAUUUGAAAGCACAGAUGAAUAAGUUACGAGAGCGAGAGAGGGACAAGCUAACAAAAAUGACACUAGAAAGUAAUUCUGCUAUGAAAGAACUAAAAAGACAAAAUGAGAAGGUCACUGUGAUAUUGAAACUAGCCGAAAUGUGCCGUAAGCUUGAGACUGAAGAGGAGAAGGUGCUUCCAUUCUAUGCCUCCUCUCUGACUCAGGAGGAACAGGAUGAUGUCCAAACAGCCAUGUUAGAACGAGGUUAUGAACCCCUGGCUCAGAUCAUGCAUGAAUAUUCUUCAAUGGAAAAUUUCUGGAAGAGAUUUAACAAAGUAUUCUUAGACAAGUUAGCUCUAGAUAAAGAAAAGAUGGGUCUAGUCCAAGAAAACCAACAGCUGCGAACCCUACUGAAGCAGUACCUGGAUGGAAUCUCUGUCAAUGAUGAAAUUAUCAGCCAAGUCAAUCCAUUGUUUAUUGUCAACAAUAAAACAAAUGUCAAACUAAAUGUUCCAGUGACAGAUCCACGUGUACAGAGACCCGUAGCACAGACUGUUGUAGAGGCAGCCCAUGUGGUCAGACAUGUUUUACCAUCAUAGUGAACUAAGGCACUUCUAAGACAUCUGUGUAUCUUUUUAUUUAUUCAUUUUGAAAUGAGAGCAUUGAUAGGCAUCAUAACAUAUCCUGAAUAUUAAAUAACCCAUGAAAUUAACCAUAAAGUGUGUAUGUUGAGUGGCUAAGUAAUUAUGAAAAAUUUAUAAUUUGUUUUCAAAAUUACAUGAAAUUAAGUGAGUUAUUUCCCCUGAUUUUGUUGUUAUGCUGUACAUUCUAUACAAAUUUAAUUUUUUAAAUGUCUAAGUAGACAAGGGCAACCUCUUGUCGGACACAUUUUGAUUCUGUUGUUUGCUAGUAAGAAGAAAUAUUUUUUCUACAAUUUUUUUUAGUAGUUAUAACCAAAAUAAAUGCAUUUCCUUAUGUGCAAAAUCCAUACUUAUUCAUCUGACAAUUUAUACAUUCAUUAUUUAUUUACAAUAAUUUAUUUUUAUAAUUCAGGUGAACAAACUUACAGCAUUUUUACCGAUUUUUGCAUUUUUUUUUACUGUGUUGUUCCUUUUUCUAAUGCAUGUAUUUGUAACAUUUUAUUUUGAUAAAAUAACAUUUUAUUUUGCAAUGACACCACUAAAACCAUUGAUGAAAACUGCAUUUAAAUUCCGGUGAAAUAAUUUUCAUUUUAAUUGUUUCUUAUUUUCACAAACACAUUCAAGUUUGGGAAAACCAUGUUAUAUUUUCAAAUUUGCUGCCAUAUUGUUACUUUAAAUGAAUGUCAUAGAAUUUAACUAAGGUUUAAUUUGUCAUUUUUGCAUCAAAAAAAAGUAUACUGGUAUAUAAAAAUCCUAUGCUUGAAUAGCAGCAUUUUUAACAAUGGAUGUCCAUGCAGUGACAUAAAAAAAAUGUAUUUGGUGGAGAACCAAUAUAUAAUUAUGUAAUCCUGUUUAAAAUUUGUUUUCUGAAAUUAUGAAGAAUUGAUAUCAUCUUAUAACUUCAAGCUACAGCUGUGAUAUUUCAAAGACAAAUUUUAUGCAUUUUUUGUAAAUAUUGUGUUGUUAUAUAUAUUAUUUGUUGGUAUUUUCUAUGGUAAACAUAGCUUUACAAUUUAUUUUUGAAAUAGGUCAAUGCAUGCAUUUUCAGAUACAGUAAAUGUAUCAUAUAUUUUUAAUUGUCUUUACAAUGGAAUGAAAGUUAUAUAAAAUUUAGCAAAUCGUGCGGUUGACAGUUAAAUACACCUAUUUUACAGAUUAGCAAAAAUCACCAACCCACCCUUAAAGUAAAGGUUCCACUAUUAUUUUUCUUGUUCAAUUUAUUCAUGCAUUGGCCAAUUAUGAGCUCUGUGAUAUAAGAUUAUGGACUUUAAUCAUUUUUAUGCACUGAUUAAAUGGACAAUCAUUAUUGCAAACAAUGUAAGUUUUUUACUAAUGAUUUUUUUUUUAAUGUUAUUUAGAUUUUAAUGUUGUUUUUUAUAUACUUUUUGCAUUUAGUUUAAUCAAUAAAGUAUGCUUUUAUUUUUCUAAUCUAUACUUUUUCAUAGGUGUAACGAUGUAAGAUUAAACCACCAUUUUCUUGACUUUUCCCUUUUGUAAAGGCAUAAAAAAGAGAUAAUAUUUAGUGACAUUGCACAGAUAGAUAACAUGUCUGUAGUUUCUAGGGGACACCUAAAUAUUGUCUUACAUUCAUAAUAAAAAUAGGUUACCAUGGUAUAAAAUUGCAAUCAAAUUAUAUUUCCCACCUUAAAUAAUGAUGUUCAGGGAUUAAGGAUUCUAGAAUUUAUUUUCUGCAUUUAUAUUUUCACUUGCUCCUUCGAGGCCUAUGUUGCAGAGUGGUCACUGCAUCACUAGCCUGUCAAAUCUGAGGAAUUGACUAAAUUUUAAUUUAUUAAGAUUGUUAGUUUUCCUGGGUACUUAGGCUUCCUCCACUGAUAAAAACUUCCUGCCAUGAAACUACAUAAUAGUUUGGAAAGCAGCAUUAAACAGCAACUAAUUAAUCGCAUUAACUCUUGUAGAUUUCGACCAUAGUUUUUUGAAGGAAAAUAUAAACUUAUGAGUGUUUAAAAUUCAAAAUUAACUACUGCAAAAAGUCAUUUACAACCAUAAAUCCCUUAAAUCCAGCAAAAAAUCAUUAAUUUAUUCAAUUAUUUCAGUAGUUCUUAUUUUAAUACAUGAUAUGGAUAUCCCUUUUUGACAAAAAUCUGGUCUGAUCUGCCCUUUUAUUCUAUGGUUGUGAACCCCUCUGCCCUAAAAACUGAUUAAUUCAUCCUCAUAUACAUCCAUUCUAACUGCAUUUAUGAGGGUCUUGGUGGAGUUUUCAGUAUAGAGAAAAAUAUGACAAUAAAUAAAGAAUAGAAAGUAAAAUAAGGUGCUACAUCAUGUACAUGUAUAAAGAAUUGAGAUACAAAUGGCAUAUACUAAAAUGUAGAUCCCCAUCCAGACACUCUUGUUUAUUGUUCUUAAUUUUACAAAAUUUGAUAUGACAUUUAGAGCAAGAUAUGUUUUAUAUAAUUGAAUUUUAAUGAAGUGCAGAUGUGAUUUUGAUAUCUGUUUUUGUAGGCUUUUAUAUUUUGUUAAGCAUUUGUUGUUUAAAGCAAGUUUAAUUUUAUAUUAACAAUU